UGAACGUGGUCUCCAGAUUUGUGUGUGGUGUCAUAUUUGAGAUCUGUGUAUUAUGUUGUGUAUUAUUUUAUUGAAAUUAUAAAAUGGCAUGAAUUGAGCUGCAUGUUUAAUCUGCAGGGUCAGCGGAAACAUGAACUACUCGAGGUUUCUCACAGCCGUGAGCGCGGCGAGGAAGCCUUCCCCCAUCCGCCUGUUGACGGAGCUCCAGCAGCUUUCUCCCCCCACCCUGAUUUCUCUCGCUGGUGGAGCCCCAAACCCCAACACCUUCCCCUUCCUCUCCGCCUCCAUUAAAAUGAAGACUGGAGAAACAGUUGCAUUUGAUGAGACCAUGAUGAAAAGGGCUUUGCAGUAUUCUGGCUCUGCUGGUAUUCCUGAGUUGGUCUCAUGGAUGAAGGAGCUCCAGAAGAGGCUCCAUGAACCUCCUACAAUCAACUUCACUCCAGAAAGAGGCCAGCUGGAGAUGUGUGUCACCACAGGAAGUCAGGAGGGACUCUGCAAGGUGUUUGAAAUGCUUGUCAAUCCUGGUGAUAACGUGCUUCUGGAUGCCCCCACAUAUUCAGGAACUCUGGCAGCGCUCCAGCCGCUGGGCUGUAACAUUGUUAAUGUGCCCAGUGAUCAGCAUGGUAUGCUCCCAGAUGCCUUAAAAGACAUUCUGGCCCAGUGGGAUCCUGCAGGAGCACACAAACCUGACAGCCCUAGACCCAAGGUCCUCUACACCAUCCCUAAUGGAGGCAAUCCCACCGGAGCCUCUAUGACCUUAGAGAGGAAGCAGAAGGUCUAUGAGCUUGCGAGGAAGUAUGACUUUCUUAUCAUUGAGGACGACCCAUAUUAUUUCCUGCAGUUUCAAAAGCCAUGGGCUCCAACGUUUCUGUCACUGGAUGUAGAUGGACGUGUUAUAAGAACAGACUCCUUCUCCAAGAUCCUGUCAUCAGGGUUAAGGAUAGGUUUUGUCACAGGUCCAAAGCCGUUGGUGGACCGUGUGGUGCUCCACAUUCAAGCAUCCACCAUGCACACCAGCACCUUCACGCAGCUCAUGGUCUCUCAGCUCCUGCAUGCAUGGGGUCAAGAAGGUUUCCUGAAACACAUUGAUGGGGUGGUGGAGUUUUAUAAAGCCCAGAGGAAUGCCAUGCUCUCUUCAGCAGACAAAUGGCUGAAAGAUGUAGCAGACUGGCAUGCACCAGCAGCUGGUAUGUUCCUGUGGAUUAAACUGAAGGGCAUUAAAGACACACAGCAGCUUAUAAUGGAGAAAGCACUGGAAAAAGAGGUGCUUCUCGUUCCUGGAGGAGUGUUUAACAUCCACAGCUCAGAGCCCUGCCCAUAUGUGAGAGCCGCAUUCUCCCUCUCUUCACCACAACAGAUUGAUGAGGCUUUCAAGAGGCUCUCAGCACUUAUUAAGGAGGCUUUGUGAGAAAUCCUGAAGAAGACAAGAAUAAUUUUUUGCACACUAGAUGACUUCUGCAGUGACCAAACUAGCUGUUUCUCAUUGCAGUUGUUUUUGGUUAAUCCGUUAAUCUGACACACUACUGUACUGUACAAGUACUGUAUUUAAUUGAAGGUAUACUAAUUUAAUUUCUUAAUUAGAACUGUCUGAUGUCAUUAGAAUAGACAGGUAAUAUGUAUUGCCUAUGACUUGUCAUACGUUUACUUAUACACUAAGAUGGUUUUUAAAUCUGUGUUUAUCAGAUGUUUGUGAAGAAUGUACUAUCAGGGUAAAUUAUGUGCCCUGUAUUAGUGUCAUAUAAUAAAUGCAAUAAACGAAUGCUUAUGGUUCAUCCCA